AUGGAUGACGAAGUUGACAAAUUUUAUCGAGAGCGUGAUGAACGUUUAGAAAAUGAUUUAAAAAAAAGUGGUAAAAUAAAAAAGAGUGUCACAUGGUCGAAAAAUAUUGAUGAUAAUGACGAAGAUGAGCCACAGGAUCACGAAGAAGUAUUAGCAUUUGACGAUAGCGAUGAGUCGGACAAUGACGUGGAUUAUCAAACAAUCGAUAAUGAAGAUGAAGACGAAGACGAAGAAGCGGAUGAGUCACUUGGUCAAAAUCAACAGUCGUGGGGGAAAUCAUUGCGAACAUUUUAUAACGAAGAUGUAAAUCAAACAGCAGAUGAUGCAAAAUUAGAGGAAAUGGAAGCUCUUAAUAUACAAAAACGUUAUUAUGAUAUGUUAGAACAAGAUGAUUUUGGUUUAAAUUUAUUUCAGACACCAGCACAAGGAGUGGUCCCAUCGGUUGAUCAAAACCAAAUUAUUGAACAAGAUUUAGCUAAACUAAGUCAGAAUGAAAAGUUACAGUUAAUAAAAGAUGAAUCACCAGAAUUAGAACAUCUGUGUAUAGAAUUGAAAGAAACAUUAAAUGAUUUAAAAAUUUAUUUAUUACCUUUGGUAAAUUUGAUUAAACAAAAUCAACAUUUUUCUGAGGAAUUUCAAUCUUAUAAGGGUUGGGAAUUUGUUCAAUAUUUAACUGAACUUUAUCUCACUUACUGUUCAUAUCUGAGUUUAUAUUUUACAAUGAAAUCAUCAUCAAAUGAAAUGACGAGUGUGGUAAGAAAUCAUCCGUUAAUGAAUGAUAUUAAACAAUAUAGACAAUUAUGUCAAUUAUAUAAACAAGAUUUUGAACAAAUCAAGCCAGAUAUAGUGGAACUAUGUGAAAUUUUAAAUGAAAGAAAAAAAACGAUCACCAUUGGCACAACGCUACCGUCAAGACCAUCUUCGAGUAAACAAAAAACAACAUUAAAUCAACGACAAAAUGGUCAUUCUCAUCCGUCAAAUGGCAAUGGCUUGACUAAUCCAUCGAAUUCAUUACGUGAACAGAUUAAGAAGAAAAUGGAUGAAAUAGAAAAAUUGAAAAAACUAGACGAUGAUGAAAAACAACAAAGGAAGAAGAAAAAACCCGCAAUGCCAGAAGUAGAAGAGGAUGAUAAGUCUGAAAACGAUGACAAUAUAAUGGAAAAUAAUGUUGGAGAUGAUGAAAAAAUUCAUGAAAAACGUAAAAUAACGUAUCAAAUUGAAAAAAAUAAAGGUUUAACACCGAAACGAAAAAAAGAAAAUCGAAAUUCACGUGUUCGUCAUCGUAAUCGUUAUGAAAAAGCGUUGAAUAAACGAAAAAGUCGUGUGCCAACAGCGAGAAACGAAGAGAAAAAAUAUACAGGUGAACCAACGGGUAUUAGGGCUGGUAUAAAACGGGGUGUGAAAUUGAAAUGA